AAGCUUGGAUAAGCUUUCAAUAUUUCUCUAUCGAUGUGCAAUAGGCGCAGAAUUUACGCUGAAAGUGGGAAUUGUGAAGUUGUGUCGAUGUUUGGAGUCGUCUUUGAUUUUAUCUUAGCGGCAAGAGUUUCUGAUGGCGCACGGGCCAACCGGGCUGAAGAAUUAUUUUUGGCCACAAGGGAUGUAAAGAAGAAAGACAGACGAUGCUUCUGGAAUUUUGGAGACACUUCGAGAAGGGAUGAAGCUACUGUUGACAGUGGCGAGGAGGAGGAGUAACCUUCGAUGGAUUUGUCAUUCCUGCCAUGGCAUCAAACACGCCACGGCUCCUUCCUAUCAAGCUGGCAAACUCUCACAAGCGUCACAACAACUUCGGGAAGGGGGGCCAGCCAGGACACGAUUCGCCCCUUCCCCAACGGGCUAUCUUCACCUCGGGUCUUUGAGAACGGCUUUAUUCAAUUUUCUUGUGGCAAAGGCCACCGGUGGUCAGUUUCUCCUCAGGAUUGAAGACACUGAUCAGAAAAGGACAAUUCCUGACGCUGAAGAAAGACUGUAUGAAGACUUGAAGUGGGCAGGUAUUGAUUGGGAUGAAGGUCCCAGCGUUGGAGGUCAAUACGGCCCAUACAAACAAUCUGAAAGAACAGCAUUAUACCGAGACCAUGCCGAGAAACUACUGGAUUCUGGCAGUGCCUACAGAUGUUUCUGUACCCCUGAGCGACUUCGUAUACUAGCCGAGUACCAAAGCAAGCUUGGGCUCCCAGCCGACUAUGACAGAACCUGCGCACAUGUUCCCAAAGAAGAGUCGGAUGAUCGAGCUGCGCAAGGGGAGGCCCAUGUCAUCAGACUGAAAAUCCCAGACGAGAAGAAUAGCUUGGUUUUUAGGGAUUUGGUUUAUGGCUUCAUUCGGCCCAAGAGUACUGUGAAAAGGGACCAAAAAGCUCAAGGUUCAGCACUCACCCUGUUUGACGAUCCCAUUUUAUUGAAAUCAGAUGGCUUCCCGACCUAUCACCUUGCUAAUGUGGUGGAUGACCAUCUUAUGAAGAUUACUCACGUCAUAAGAGGAUCGGAAUGGAUAUCGUCUACUCCCAAACAUCUUGCAAUGUACCAAGCUUUUGGGUGGGAACCCCCAGCAUUCGCACACGUUGGUCUGCUCCUCGAUAAAAACCGGCAAAAGCUCAGCAAAAGAACCGGCUCCAUUGACAUCUCAGACUGGCAAAACAAGGGAGUAUUCCCCGAAUCAGUUACUAACUUCGUCGCUCUACUUGGGUGGUCUCACAACACUGGUUCGGAUGUCAUGAGUAUGGAGGACCUCAUUUCAAAUGCCAGCAUGAAAUACACCAGAGGAGAUACUGUCGUCGGGUUCGAGAAACUCUGGUUCCUACAAAAACGGCACGCAGCUCGCUACGCCUCAACCCAAGCCGAAUCACCAUACGACCAAAUUCCCUCGCACUCUCUCGUUCAACUCGCUGUAAAACCUGUUCUUGCACUUCUAAACCAGCCCUCCACUCCCUCAGACUUCUCGUUCUACCGGAAUAUCACUCGACCCGAAGAUCGCCAGAAUCUCGUGCAACUUCUCGUCUUCGCAGAUGCACAGAACUAUACUAAUCCUACCGAAUUCAUUCGCCGGAACGCCUAUUUCUUUACGCCCCCUUCGGCCGAAACUCUCACCGCCACUGUUCCAGCUUUCAAAUUACGUAAGGUCCCGGCGCCAUACUUAGACAAAUUCUCUCUUGCCACCGUCACAGGCAUCUGUCAAACACUCGUGAAUAUACCUGACCAUUCAUGGGAUGAGCAUACGAUAAGAACCUAUUUAGCGAAGAUGGUUUCUAUGGGCGUUGAAAUAACGAUGAAGAACUCCGAGGGAGGAGUUGAGACGGGAAAAAAGAUGGAGGCAUUGAAGUUGAAGGUGGAGAAGAGUUGGGCGGGGUUGAUUUAUCAGUACUUGAGAUGGGCACUCGUGGCCACGAAACCGGGCCCUGAGAGCCAGGUGACGAUGGAGCUUCUAGGGAAAAUGGAGACGAGCAGGCGUUUAUCUGCUGCAGAAGAAGUUCUGAACCAAGUGAAGAUUGAGAGUAUUGUGGAAGAAAUAGAAAAAGUGUAAGUUGUACGAUUGUGGAGAUGUACUUAAUAAGAAUCGAAGUGUUGAUAGACUCUAUUCUGCAUCAAUAAUCAUGUGCAACAUCACCUUAGGGAUAAUCGAGAGAAAGGAUUUAUUCGGUUG